AUAGUAUCACGUCGAAUUCAAAAAUACGGAUGCAGCGUUUUGGAAGGUGACAUCGAUGUGGAAGGAGCGAAGCUGAAAGAAACUGAUGAUAUUUCUCGUGUUGCCUUACCGCUUCCAUCAUCCGAUAUGAACUUACCUGAAAAUGAAGUUUCCGAUUGGUACGAGGAGUGUAUGCAAGAGGAUGGUGUAACACGUGAAAUGUUCAGAUCGCUCGAGAGUCAAUACGCGAUUGGAGGUGUGCUGCGACCAAUGAUUGUGAAAGUUGAGAAUGUUGCAUACGAACUGUUGAAAUAUCCGGAUAACGAUACACGAUUACAACCGGAUUUGAACGGUGAAUAUGAUGAAGACAAAAUUGGCAGUGGUGAUCUGAAGGCUGUUUCACUCACAUUCUCGCUACAAUCCGGUUGUUAUGCAACUGUUGCUUUAAGACAAUUGACCAGGACUGAUAUGAGCAAAAUGGCACAGUCGAAUAAUGGUGGAGCAUCUGAUGACGUGAAUGAAGAGUCUGAAUUGACAGCAACGGAAUGA